CCGGGCCCGGCUCCGGCCCGCCCCGACCCCCGGCCUUCCCUGCAGGGCGUCCAGUAUGUGUCCGGACCCUCGCCGGGCCGCCCUGGCCGCCCUGGCCGCCGGCCUGCUGCAGGGGCUCUUCUGGAUCCCAGGUCUCGCGGAUGAGGACUUCCCGAUGAAACCCGAACUGAGCCUCCCGGGGGAGCAGGUGGUGAUCGAAGCCGGGACCGCAUUUGAUGUGACGUGCAGGGGAUCGGCCCCCGUGGCCUGGGCCUGGGCGGGCGACUCCUCCCCGAGGCGGGUCCGCCGGCGGGAGCGGCCGUGCCCCGACGACCUCCGGCUCACCUGCAGCCGACUCACCGUCUACGGGAUGGCGGCCGACGACACAGGCUACUUCACUUGCACGUACCGGGACGGUGCCGUCGCCGACGACCCCGACCUCAGGGCCGCGGUCUACGUGUUCGUCCGAGACCGCAGCCAGCCGUUCGUGCAGCCCUUCUCCGUCUACCCUAUGGUGAUCAACAUCCUCCGCGGCACCCAGGAGGUCGUGGUGCCCUGCCGCGUCUCCUCGCCCGACCUCCAAGUGAAACUGGACCUGUACGGGACUAAUCCUGCUUACAAGUUCACUUCCGUCAGCAAGGACUGGGACCCCAAGAAGGGCUUCACGGUCACUCGACCCUCCUACCACUUCUUCAGCAGCAUGCUCCAGUGCGUCACCGAGGUGGGAGGGGAGACUUUCCGGACGUUCUACAUCCCGCAGAAAGUGGAAACUGAGAAGAAGAAUCUCGUCAUCAGUGCCAAUCACCAAAAGAUGCUGGUCGGAGCCCUGCUCAGCCUACGGUGCGUGGCCGAGACCACGUACAACGGGAGGAAUGAGCUCCGCUGGGAAUACAAGAAGAAGAGGCCCGACUGCUGCGAGGUGAAAAAGAACAUAGAUCAGGGCGACCCGGUGUAUAAAACCUACAGCACCCUGACUAUCCGGAACGUCACCGUGGAAGACAAUGGCCUGUAUACGUGCAGGGAGCAUAAAGCAUCGGGACUGGAGGCCAACAUCACCAUCACGGUGUACGAACGUGCUUUCAUCAACGUGCUCUCCAGGAACAUCAGCACCAUAGAGGGCACGGUCGGGCAGAAGGGGCUGAAACUGGUGGUGAAGGUAGCCGCCUUCCCCCGCCCUUCCGUGGCAUGGUUCAAGGACAGCAGGCCGAUCGAGGAGAACAACACCUGCUGUCAGUCCGACCCCGUGCGGUACAAGCUGACCGUCCGGGAUGUCAGCCUGAGGUCCGCGGGCCUCUACGCCGUCGUCCUGAGCGACCCCCAGCACGGCCUCUCGGAAACCCACUCCGUCCGGCUCGUCGUCAACGAGCGACCCAAGAUCUACGAGAAGGAGACGGACUUGGACGAGAUGGAGCCGGUGCUCCUGGGGAGCGAGCACGUCCUGCGGUGUACGGCCAGUGGCGUGCCGGCCCCGUCCAUCGCCUGGAGCUGGGAGUCUUGCCUCCCCGAUGACCCCCUGUGCAGGCGGCGGAGCAAGAGGGUCAGCAUUUCCGAUCACAGCUUGACCACGGGCCCGUACUCGGCCAAUACGAUCAAGUCCGUCGAAGAGACCACCCUGUCUCACGAAGAGAGAAAUAAGACCCUGAGUAUUCUGACCGUUACCUCAAGCAACGUGUCGGGCGUGUACUUCUGCGUGGCCUCCAACAAGAUCGGCGGCGAUGAGAGGGGCAUGAAGUUCUUCAUCUCAGACGUGCCCGACCAGCUGGAGACCGAGCCGCAGGUCUCGGCCAUCGCCGGGCACGACGCCGUUCUCCGCUGCCGGGCGGCCAGGGUCAUCUUCGACCACCUGCUGUGGCUGGACCCCUCCGGCGGGGUCGUCCCCGGCACCUCCACCCAGAACCAGAGCGACAGCUACUCCAUCUCCCUGUCGCUGGUGAUCCACAACGCAUCCCGAGAGCACGAGGGGAAGUACAGCUGCAGGGCCAGGAGUCGGUACAACGCCACCUUGGAGCAGGAGCGGAGCACCCGGCUUCAAAUCAGAGAGAGGGUGGCCCCCUACGUGCUGGAGACCCUCGCCAGCCUGACGGUGAACAGCAGCGGCAAGAUCGUGCUGGAGUGCAAGGUCGGGGGAACGCCGGCUCCCGGAAUCACGUGGACCAAGAACGGCUAUUCGGUGCUGCCGGCCUCGGGGAUUUCCCUGGAGAACCGCACCCUGGUGAUCGAACGUGCCAAGAAGGAUGACGAGGGCACCUAUGAGUGCCAGGCGACCAACGAGGUGGGGCAGGCCAGCACGUCGGCCGUCAUCACCGUGGAGGGCUUGGAGGAACGAUCCAACAUCGAAGUCAUCAUCCUGGUCUGCACCGGCUUAGCGGCUACCCUGUUCUGGCUCCUCCUGACUCUCUUCAUCCGGAAGCUUCGAAAGCCCAACGUCUCAGACAUCAAGACGGGGUACCUGUCCAUCAUCAUGGACCCGGAGGAGGUGCCCCUGGACGAGCAGUGUGAGCGGCUUCCUUACGACAGCAGCCGGUGGGAGUUCCCCCGGGACCGGCUCCGACUGGGAAAAACUUUGGGACACGGUGCUUUUGGAAAAGUGGUGGAGGCUUCCGCUUUUGGCAUUGACAAGUCUUCCACUUGCAAAACGGUGGCCGUGAAAAUGCUGAAAGAGUGCGCUACCACCAACGAGUGCAAGGCCUUGAUGUCCGAGCUGAAGAUCCUCAUCCACAUUGGACACCAUCUCAACGUGGUAAACCUGCUGGGGGCUUGCACCAAGUCCGGAGGUCCUCUGAUGGUGAUAGUGGAAUUCUGCAAGUACGGGAACCUGUCCAAUUACCUUCGAGGCAAAAGAGGGGACUUCAUCGCGUUCAAGUCCCAGGAGGGCUCAGAGCCAGGGGAGAAGAGCCUGGAGGACUCGAGCGGUGACCUGACGGAGCUCAUCAAACGGAGGUUGGAGAGCGUGGCCAGCACAGGCAGCUCGGCCAGCUCCGGCUUCAUCGAGGACAAGAGCUACAGCGACUCGGAGGAGGAGGAGGAAGAUUCCGAGGACCUCUACAAGCGACUUCUCACCCUGGAGGACCUCAUCUGCUACAGCUUUCAGGUAGCCAAGGGCAUGGAGUUCCUGGCCUCCAGAAAGUGCAUCCACCGGGAUCUGGCCGCCCGCAACAUCCUCCUUUCGGAAAACAACGUGGUGAAGAUCUGCGACUUUGGCCUGGCCAGGGACAUCUACAAAGACCCCGACUACGUGCGGAAAGGAGACGCCAGGCUGCCUCUCAAGUGGAUGGCCCCAGAAGCAAUCUUCGAUAAGAUCUACACCACGCAGAGUGAUGUCUGGUCCUUCGGAGUCCUGUUGUGGGAGAUCUUCUCUCUAGGGGCCUCACCCUACCCGGGGGUGCAGAUAGACGAGGAGUUUUGCCGUCGGCUGAAGGAAGGAACCCGGAUGCGAUCCCCUGAGUAUUCCACUCCUGAAAUCUACCAAACCAUGCUGGACUGCUGGCGAGGCCCUUGCUCCGAGAGGCCCAACUUCACUGAGCUGGUCGAGCGCCUCGGGGACCUGCUGCAGGCCAGCGUCCAACAGGAAGGGAAGGAGUACAUCCCCCUGAACAUCACGGAUGGAGGUCUCAACCCCAAGUCACACCCUCUGGAAGAGACCAACCGCGGAAAACGCUGGAGCGCACUGGAAACCGGCUCCAAAAAGCGGCCACUGAGUGUGAAGACGUUCGACGAGGUACCGGUGGAGCAGGAGAAGCCCGAAGAGAGCGGAUCUGACAGUGGGAUGGUACUCACCUCCGACGAGAUCAAGAGUUUGAAGCGGCUGGAGAUUCGGUCCUGGCCCCAUGGAAUCAUGGCCCUGGCGCUGAGGGCCGUCAGCAAGAGCAAAGAGUCGGUGCUGUCAGAGAGCGGCCGCGAGGGGAUGAAGUUCCAGCCGCCGCCGGCCCCGCUGGAGGCCGGCGGCGCCCUCGACUUCGGCCUAGAGGACUCCGCGCUCCUCUCGCUGGACCCGGCCCUGGAGUGCCACAGCCCGCCCCCUGACUACAACUCGGUGGUCCAUUACUCCGCCCCUCCAGUGUAGCCCCCUCCCCUCGCCCUCCCGCCCGGGGACCCGGUCCGGGCCUCUCUGCCCCGGCUGCCUCCUGUGGACAAAGUAUGUGGGGAUGAGGUGGGGGAGAGGCGGGGGAGAAGAAGGAAGAGGAGCAGGGAGGGGAAAAAGAGGAAGAAGAGAAGAAAGGGAGUUGCCUCUGCCCCGCCCUCUCAGGAUCCCGCUGACCACCCCCAAGCCGAGACUAACUGCUCCUGACGCCCCCCACCCCAACCCCUCAGCGAAGCCCUCUCCCCAUACCUGCGAGAAAAGUGGAAGAGGUUAGCCAGGGCCAGCCAGCCGCCUGCCGCCCCCCACGGCAGACCCGACCCCUUCCCACCGGGAGCCCAGGCAUUGGGUCAGUGGAGGAGCCAGACCACCAGGGGACAGGUCCGCCAAGGUAGCUGGGCAAGAAUCCCACCACCCUUCCCCACCUCAACGCCCGACCCACGGAGCCACUGAGCCAGAGCCCCGGCUCUCCCGCGCGAAGAGGCCGGCCGGGCCGUUGCGCCUAGCUGGCGGUCGGGCAGGCGGCCCCGACCCGGCGGCGUUUAUCCCGUGCUUCCGAGGGACACGAGUUCCACGAGCUGCAGAAGGAGCUCGGCCCGUGCGUCCCCCGGAGGGGAUCGUGCCGCUGUCAACCGGGCAUCUCCCGCAGGCCACUGCCCGGACGGAGAGAUGGGGAAACCUGUGCAGAACGCACUCCUCCGGACACCCGGGCGGCUCAUCCCCCUGCUGGGAUGUGGGACCGCGUUCCCCCCGACCCGCGAGGAGCCGCCCCCUCCCUCCAUCGUCCGGGGUCUUUAGCAGGAGGGAGGUCCCUGAAGCCCUCGCCUGCCACUUCAGGUAUUUGGGGAGUCCCUAGGGGUGAUGGGGGUGGGCAUCUGUUGGGUGGCGGAGUCACGCGUGCACCCGGGGGGUCUAAGACUCCACGUCCCCUGCUGGAAACUUAGACGCCGGCCGGCCGGCCCGGCCGCUCUCGUGUGUCGGCAAGUGAUCCCUGACGAGAUCUAUAAGCCCGUGCCCCGUUCCCGGCCUCCGCUGAGCUGGGAGAGAGACGGGAGGACGGGGGGCGGCCGCCGCGGCCCGCGGGCCCACUUCCCUGCUCCUGUUCCUGCUUUUGGCGGUCUCGGCUCCAUUUAGCUCCUGUUCCUCCCCACUGUCAUCACACGCACCCCCAACCUCCCCGCUCUAGUCUUCGGGGGACGGAUCCCACCCACCCCCGUCUCACCCUUGCCAAUGGUGGGUUGCCUUCCUCAGACCCCGGGGCCAUCCCUGGCCAAACUACCAGCCUCCACCAGCCCGGUAACCUCCUCUGGCCACGCGACCACUCCCGCUCUGGCCACGGGAACACGGGACGGUGCCCACGGGUGGGCCCGCCUCCCCGUCCCCUUCCUGGGAGAGGGAGAGAUCUGUUCCGGGUGGGCUCGGUUUCGCCGAGAACGGGACCGAAGUGGGAGAGCUAUUCCUCGUCACUCUGAAACGUGUGCUAGGGCAGAUGGCCUAGGGCGAGAUGGCCGGGGGUGGCCGCCCCCUCUGCCGGCGAUGGGCUAGUUGGGGGCCGGCCUCGAAGAGGCCGUGACAGAAUGGAGGCCCGCCCCGGCCCCCAGCUUGGGCAUAAACCAAGCAAAAUCAUCCCGUGUGGGCAGAAGCCACCCGCCUACAUCUCCCCAACCAACCAAUAGGCUUCCCUCACCUUUGCCCCAUCAGGGGUCAGACCUUGCGGGGGCGGCCCGCGGGAGUCGAGCCGCGGAGGCCAAAGCGGCGGAUCGGCCGGCUCAGAAGGUGCCGCCCAAAGAUCCCCUCGGCGGCUUUAUUUGAGGGGGGGGGUAGAAAGUAGAAAGUCUGAGAUUUCAAAGGCAACCUCCCCGCACCCCGCCACCCUCCCCUCACUGCCAUAGCGGCGGAGUCCAUGGGAACAGAAUCCCCUUGGCAAGCGCUAGCCUCAUUCAUUCCCGCAUGUUUGCCUCACGUGAUGACUCUACGGAGCCUCUUCUUCAAACGGCCGCCUAGGGAUAGAUCCCCUGGGAUCGCCGGGCCCCCGGGGCGCCCAGCCCCUCCCGGCGGGCCGGCAGGAUCCAGAAGAAGACUCGGGAGAGCGGGCUGACCGACAAAGUUCGGCGGGCCCGGCUCGGGCCGGCCGGUGAAAUCUGACCUCGCCGUCCGGCCAAAGGGCCGGAAUUAAGCCUCAGCUCCAUUCUCUGCCCCGCCGUUCCCCAGCCCCCUGGCAGGCCCUCCGUCCCCUCGGACCCGGUCCCUUUCCAAGGACCCUCCCCAGGAUAGCUUUCUGGAGGCCAGGGCGGCCUCCCCUCUCUAAGGAGCCUUUUGGAAAAGACAGGACCCCACUCUCCUCACCCCCUUUGCGCCCCCCCCCCACCUGCCUGGCCAGAUAGAGGCAGGGGGUUCUGUCCAGCUCUCUGCAAGAGAAGAGAUCCGAGCACACUGAGAAUUCCCGAUUUGCCAUUUCGUCGGAAGUUUCUUUCUCUAUCAGGGGUCAGAGAAAGUGGAAAGGCGGACUAAGUAUUAACGAAUAUGUGUUGUCUGUAUUUUACUAAUAUUUCCGUUUGUCUUUUGCCCUAAUUUAAUUAUCGUUACGACGAUGUAUGUACUCAGUAAGAGCCAAUAUAACAAUUCAUAUAUAGGGUAGAGUGCGGUCUUCCCCGUGCGAUCCUUUAAAGGAAGAUACCGUGGCCGUUAGGGGGUCUCCGGCCCUUGGCCGCGUCAGAUGCUUGCCGGGCAGGGGUCAGCUCACGGGACCCUGGGGUGUCCGUCCCAGGCCACGGACGGGGGAUGGAUGGAGGCCGGGGGCGGCCCCGUGAGGAGUCGGGGAGUAGGGGUAGGGGAAGAGCUUGGGCCCGGGCCAGCUCUCCGAAACGGAGGUGUGAGAGGGAGGGAGUAAUGCGAAGUGACCUCGAAGCUCAGACUUCUCAGGGAUAUUCAUGUCUGACUCCAGGGGGAACAGCUGGUCCCUGUCUUUCUCAGUGGGUCGAGUUGGGAGAAAUCGGGGUUGUGGAGACUCCCCUUUCUCCCCCCGUCCCGGCCCCGCGUUUCCUGGUGUUUUUCUUUCCCUGUCCCGGCGGAGCUCCCGGGGGCAGGCCGGAGGCGAAGGCCGAUCGAUCGGCCCCGGCCAGACCUCCGGGCCCGGCCUUGGCGUCCAAGGGCCCUACCGUUCCCUGUGUGGUCUUGAGCGUCUGACCGAGCCUGAGCGGUGCCCCCGCCCGCUUCGGGGUCCUGAAGGGUGAGACUGCCAGCCGGGGGUCUCAGCAGAACUGUCACCGUCACCUCUGGGCGUGGGGGUGCAGAUCCCAACUGGGGGGGGCUGCCCGGGGCCCGCUUGGCUUCCCUCCUGCCCAUCCCUGGGGGGCCCUCACCCCCUCUGCCAGCUUACGGCAGGGUUCGUCAGCGCCCAGAGCGGUGGGCGGCAGAGACACGGGCUGGUUUGCGAGGCCACGGCUCAAGUCUGUCUUCCAGCCGGCAGCCCAAAUGAGGGCCUUGUGUCUACACCCCCUUCCCUGCACCCACACUCCAGACAAUACGGUUCCUCUCGGGAUCUGCCCUAAGGGGCCAGGCUGCCUCUGAUCCCGCCACUUGGCAGGCCCCCACCAGGGGUACCGCAGAGAGCGGUAGAGACUCUCACCCUCUGCCCGCCGGGGGCUGUGGUCACCAGGGGCCCCUCCGGGCUCUGCCUGCCCCAGUUCAGGAGGGGAACCGAGGUCUCCCCACGGAGGGAGCAGGGCCCUGUCCCCAGAGGGCUUCUGUCCCACACUGUCCCCGCCGACCAGGGAGACCCCAGGAGGAAAGGUGGGGUUUCAGGCCCCCAGCCGCAGCGAGGAGCAGAGCCGUGGGGCAAUGCCACUACAGUCCCCCCGCAGCUGCCCGGACAGGAUCCCAGCCGUGCGUUCCCCCAGUCUGCAAAAGAACCGGAGCUUGGCUGGGAAAAUCCAGGAUGGGGACUUGCUGACCCCUUAGUCCCGAGUCCCCCUUUAGGGGGGAAGGGCAGGGACCCCCAGGAGGGAGGGAUCCGGCCCCCUCUGCCCGAAGGAAGGCGAACCCCGUCGCGGAUGGGGGAGCGGUCACGUGAGGCAGGGCUUUAUCCCUGGGUUAACUGGAACUGCAGGGGCUGUCCCGGAGAGAGCUGAGACCGCCCAGGGGCCGAGUUGCCGGGGAAUGCCAAAGAGCCGGGGGCGGGGUGGGGAGGGCAGGGCAGGUUCGGCGAGGGGCAGGUUGGGUUUCCCCUGCCAAGGGGAGGAAGCCCUUCCCGAGCCCCAAAAGUGAGCCCCCCCCUCCCCCCGAAGAAGCCCAUGGCCGUUCCGGUAAACCGAAGGGGAGUGGGGCAUGGAGAUGCCAGGUGGGCAAGCUACCAGGCGGGGGGCCGAGCCCCCUUGCGCCGAGCCCCUCCUUGGCCUGUCGGGCCCAUUAACGAAUGAAAGCCAGGAAGCCCAUUCCUCCUCGGGUUAAAGGAAAAUCAAGCAGAGGCCGGGAUUAGGGCGUUCAUCCUGGACACGUGUGUCUGUAUGUGUGGGGGGGAAUACGCGUGCACGCGCGCGUACUCUCCGGUCUGCCUGAGAAACGUGUGCACUGAAAGAAAUGAGAACCUCUCGCUUUUUAUUAUCUAGUCGAAACUGUAUUGUAGCUAUUAACCGGAAAUAAAGGAUUCUAUAUUUAUACGGGC